AUGUCGUCCCUGGAGGAGGACAGCUGCGUGACUGCGUCUCUUACUGAAACAGAACCGCCGGGAUUCGCUCAGUCAUCCCUGUGGUCCGGAUUACUGCAUGUGAAAUCCCUCUGGGUUCACUUGUAUGGAGCCAUGAGAGGAUCCCCAGAAAACGGGAUGCACCGUAUUAGGCUGGAGGAGCCACAGCUUGAACGCCAGGAUUUAAUCCGUGAUCUUAAGUCUGAACUUAGCAGAGACUUUGAAGACCUGGUUGUUGCCAUGUUGAAGACCCCUGCGCAGUUUGAUGCCUCUGAGAUGAGGGAGGCUAUAAAGGGUGCUGGAACUGAUGAAGCGUGUCUGAUUGAGAUCUUAUCGUCACGUUCCAACGCAGAGAUUCAAGAGAUCAACAAAGUCUACAAAGCUGAAUAUGGAAAGAAACUGGAGGACGCCAUUACCAGCGACACCUCUGGUCACUUCCGCAGACUCCUGGUGUCUCUUUGUCAGGGAUGUCGUGAUGAAAGGGAGACUGUUGACAUCUCGCUGGCAAAACAGGACGCUCAGAAAUUGUAUGCGGCUGGUGAAAAUAAAGUGGGAACUGAUGAGUCACAGUUCAAUGCAAUCCUGUGCGCUCGCAGCAAGCCCCACCUGCGUGCAGUCUUCAAGGAGUACCAGCAGAUGACUGGGAAAGACGUUGAAAAGAGUAUAUGCAGGGAAAUGUCUGGAAAUCUGGAGUCUGGGAUGGUGGCUGUUGUCAAGUGCAUCAAGAAUACUCCAGCCUACUUUGCUGAACGGCUCAACAAGGCCAUGAAGGUACACUGUUUCCAUCAUCUUUUCGUUUCUUUAUAAUAGUGAAAAGCUG